AUGGCGGGCGCAGCUUCCCCACCAACCGAUACCCCAUCAACGGACUCUCCGUCCGCCUCCGGGCCCUUGAUAUCCCCAGACGCGACGAAAAUGGCGCUGGCCCUGAGCGUCAUCUUCAUCUUGUGCAUAUUCGGCACCGCGUUCGGUGCGAGGCGGUACAUUCGGCGCGGCGGAUUCAACCUGGACCACCAGCAUCAGCAGUCGCAGCUGCAACAUCGGUACUAUUACUACAGACACGGCUCAGCAUCACCACCAUCAGGCGGGCGUUUUGAUCAUAGAAGCAGGAGAUGGAGGGGAAGAGCGAGGGGGCAAUUGCAGAUGGUCGAGCUCCCGCUCGCGAGUCAUUACCGGCUGGGUCUGCUGCGCAACCGUGAUGUCAGUACGUCAAGGAGGUUGGCAGCGCGCAAGGGCUUGGCAGCGGACAAGAUCGGGCGGUUUCCUGUCGUUGAGUUUCGACAUGAGGACUUUGUUCUCGUUGGAAAAGGCGAGCGGCUCGAUCCUGGUUUCAUAGCGGCCGUGGCGGAGCCCGACGAGACACGAGAUUCACCUCAGCAACAUCCGCAACAGGAGCAUCAGUCACAGCCACCAUCAUCCAGGACGGGAGGAAUGCUUUCUCUCGAGACGUUCCCGACACUCUCGAAAGCCGUUGCUUCCUUGCGGUCACGGCAUCAUCAUAUAGCAGGCGGCCCGGAACGAAACGAACAGCUCCAAGCAGCCGAGCCCUCGUCUCCACUGACACGAAUCAGCUGCUCCAUAUGCACCGACGACUUCGUCGAGGGCGUGCGCGUGCGGCGGUUGCCCUGCGGUCACGUGUUCCACCCGGGCUGUUUGGAUCCGUGGCUGCGUGAUCGGGCGAGGACCUGUCCGUUGUGGUAA